AUGUCAUCGCUGGUGAAGGAGGACUUGGAAAAGAAGCUGUUUAAGCCGCUCUCACAGAAUCUGUACGAGUUCAUCGAGAUCGAGUUCUCGGGCCAGGACAGGUACUACCUCUGUGUGUCAGUGACCAAAAAUAAAGAAGUAAAAAUAAUUAUAGUGAAGCACUACCGAAUAGGUUUAGAUGAAAAAUACGAAGUCACGAAAAAAUGGUCUUUGAACGAUCUGCGGAUGAUUGAUGGCAAGGAAGCAGAUACUGACAAUCCAUUUUUUGAUCUGCACUUCAAGAAAGUGUACAGGUUGGAAGCUUAUAGUUGUGCUUCAAAAUACGCCUUUGCUCGAACUGUCAACAGGCUGAACCAUGCGUAUCUCAAGAAGGACUUGCGGCUUGUGAACUUUGAUCAUACCUAUAUAAAUGACGAUUGCGUUUGGUCCUCCAACAACAAGGACUGCUUGGUCCUCAUGAGAAUAUGCUUCUAUGCCUCCAAUCUCUUGUGCUUGUCUCUGUGUCCCCUGCCCAUCUGA